UUGUGGUUGUAUAACAAAAUCAAAACUAUAAAAUAAGAAAAAGAAAAAGAAAAAUGGAAUUGAGUUGAAUUGAAUUGGAUAUUGGUUGGUUGCUUUAGAUUUCUGUCCCAAGCAAGUAAUAAUAAGCUUGGUGGUGGUGGUGGUGGUGGUUUUAUAGCUACAUACGAAGUGGGGUUGUGGGUUUAAUUUGGAAUUUAAAGAUCAUAGACGAAUCCAAAUAUCCAUAUCAUCGCCGCCUCUUCUCUACAUAUCAUAUCAGUCAAGCUUAGUCUACUCCUUCAACCGCUUCUUUCUCAACUGUCUCUCCCACAACUGGGUCGGGGGUUUUGUAUAUUCGAAGCAUGCAGCAGAAACCAAAGAGUGGAUCGCAAGCAGCUGCGACGGAAUCAGAUGGGAAUAGUAACAAUCCGUACAUGAAUAGUAGUGCAGUGAAUAGUUGUCAACCAUGGUGGGGUUCUUCAGCAAGUCAUGUAUUAGGGGAAACCGGGAUAAGUUUGUCUCUAUCCAAGCCUUCUAUCCCUGAUUUAGGGACGGCGAUCCAAACGAGUAGUCAAUCCCAAGCUAUUAAGUUCGGUCAACCUAAUGAUAAACAACUACUACUCAAACAACGAGAUGGAAAUUGUAGAGAUGAGCAGCAUUUGCAGCGUGCUUCACCAAUCAAUAUGCCUCCAACAAUGAAUCAUGAAUAUCUUGCGCCUCCUACCCAGCUAGAGCUUCACAGCCAUUCAAUUGGCCGUGCAUCAUAUCCGUAUUCUGAUCCAUACUACGGGGGAAUCUUGUCUUCUUAUGGACCUCACGCUAUGUCGCAGAAUCUUGGAAUACAUUCAGCUAGAAUGGCGUUACCACUUGACAUGGCAGAGGAACCUGUUUAUGUCAAUGCCAAGCAGUACCACGGAAUUCUCAGGCGAAGACAGUCACGUGCCAAGGCAGAGCUGGAAAAGAAGUUCAUAAGAGCUCGAAAGCCUUAUCUUCAUGAGUCUCGCCAUUUGCAUGCCAUGAGAAGAGCAAGAGGUUGUGGAGGACGUUUUCUGAACACUAGAAAGGUCGAUAGCAACGCUGCCAAUGCCACACCUCGAAAGGGCAUGGCCGACUCUGUUUCACUAUGCGCAGAAAAUGUGUCUUCAACCUUUUCUGGUAAUGCAGAUUCAUCCAAUUCUGAGAAUUGUGAAAUAACUGAGCACCACAAGCAGCAGCAAAUGCACCCAUAUAAGGCAUACUCGAACAACAAUGGCAAUAGCUUCUAUUUACACCACCAUGGAUUCCAGUUACCUCCAUAUCACUUCUCAUCGGAUCAUGAUCAUAGAUUAAUAGGCGAUGGAGAGUUGUCGGGGAAACAGCGCGAAAGACCUUUAGUGAGUGGAACUAAUAGAGCUCUAACCAUCAAGUAAAAAGGGUCAGAAGGUUUGUCUCCAACAUUGCUAAUGCCACUAAAUGCGAGUUCUUGCUAUAUAAGCUUUCCUCAUUGACUGCAAUUUGCUGUCCAGAGGCAAAGCUGGAGAGAAUUUUCUGCUUACAGGUUUUGUGAUCUCAGGCAAACCAUUCUUGGCUUGGCUUUUGUUUGAUGAUGUAUGUAUGUAAUGCUAUGUAUGCAUGUAUAUGAAGGCAUGAGGGAAAAAGGGGAGAGAAAUUGAUGUUGCUAGUCCUUUUCUCCAACUUACAAAGUUAUGACACUUGGGAGUUUUCUGGAUUGUAACUAUGAUAAAAGCAGAUUUAACUUUGUGCACCUUUUAUGAUUGAGAGAUUUUCCAUGUCUUGCUUU